CACAGCGCACCACGAGCCGCUGAGCCGGUGAUAUAAAGCGCAUGCGCGGACAGCGGGGCCCUCACAGCGCCACGUCCCGUACACCUGAGCCGUCAUGUUGCGCUCCGUAGCUCUCGUUAUCCUCGUCGCCUUCCUGGUCCGGGCCGACAUCCCCGAGGAGAACGACGUGUUGGUGCUGAAGAAGGACACGUUUGACAAGGCGCUGGAGAAUGACUUCUUGAUGGUGGAGUUCUAUGCUCCCUGGUGUGGACACUGCAAGGCGCUCGUUCCAGAAUACGAGAAGGCUGCUAAGAAACUAAAAGAGGAAGGUUCAAAAAUCCGUUUGGCCAAGGUAGACGCCACGGAAGAAUCAGAGUUGGCGCAAGAGUUUGGCGUUCGAGGGUAUCCAACCAUCAAAUUUUUUAAAAAUGGAGAUAAAUCUUCACCUAAAGAGUAUUCAGCUGGCAGGGAGGCGGCCGACAUCAUCAACUGGCUGAAGAAACGUACCGGUCCGGCUGCUACCACUCUGGCUGACGAAGCUGCUGUGGCCGCAUUGAUUGAAUCCAGUGAAGUUGCGGUUAUUGGUUUCUUUAAGGACGAAACAUCUGACCUAGCCAAGAUGUUCCUGCAGGCAGCAGAGGCUGUGGAUGACAUUCCAUUUGGGAUCACGUCAAGUGAGGCGGCAUUCUCAAAGUAUGAAGUUCAGAAGGACAAUGAGGCCGUCCUCUUCAAGAAGUUCGAUGAAGGAAGGAACAACUAUGAUGGGGAACUAACAAAGGAAAGCUUCCUAAACUUCUUAAGAUCUAACCAGCUGCCUUUGGUCAUUGAGUUUACUGAACAGACAGCACCAAAGAUCUUCGGUGGGGAGAUUAAGACACACAUUCUGCAGUUCCUGCCAAAGAGUCUGCCUGACUACCAAGACAAACUGGACAACUUUAAGAAAGCAGCUGAAAGCUUCAAGGGAAAGAUCCUCUUCAUCUUCAUAGAUAGCGACCACACGGACAACCAACGUAUUCUGGAAUUUUUCGGAUUGAAAAAGGAAGAAUGCCCGGCUGUGAGACUGAUCACCCUGGAGGAGGAGAUGACCAAGUACAAGCCGGAGUCUGAUGACCUCUCAGCUGAGAAGAUCAAGGAUUUCUGUAACCGUUUCUUGGAGGGAAAAGUCAAGCCCCAUCUUAUGAGCCAGGAAAUCCCUGAGGACUGGGACAAGACCCCUGUCAGGGUAUUGGUUGGAAAGAACUUUGAAGAAGUGGCCUUUGAUGAGAACAAGAAUGUAUUUGUUGAGUUCUAUGCUCCCUGGUGCGGUCACUGCAAGCAGCUGACACCAAUCUGGGACCAGUUGGGGGAGAAGUUCAAGGACCAUGAGAACAUUGUCAUUGCUAAAAUGGAUUCCACAGCCAAUGAAAUCGAAGCAGUCAAGAUACACAGCUUCCCUACACUAAAAUAUUUUCCUGCGGGAUCAGAGAGGAAGGUGGUCGACUACAAUGGGGAGAGAACACUAGAUGGCUUUACAAACUUCUUGACAAGUGGUGGACAAGAUGUAGCAGCAGAUGAGGACCUCGAGGACCUGGAUGAGGCAGACGAGCCAGAAUUGGAUGAUGACGAAGAUGACCACAAAAAAGACGAAUUAUAAGGGACAAUGAGCUUAAAGUCCACAGCAGCCAGAAGACACUAAGAGUGGAUGGAGGGGAGGAAAUUAAAAACUUCUAGGAAUGUUUUACAUUGUCAGAGCUCUGAAAAAUCCAGGGAAACUCUUCGUCCCAAUCUGUACAUUAGGGUCCUUUAAAAUUUAUGGGGGGGCGGGAGGUGGUAUGGGAGCUUCAUGACCUAAUGUGUUAUGGUCUGCAGAGUUUAUUUUUCACUGUGAUGCGUAUAUAUAUGUGUAAUUUUCUUUUUUUUUUUUUUACACUUUUCAGUAAUUUUUUGCCCUGAUGUAAGUUUUGGCACUUGUCGCUUUCUGUAUUGUGUUAUGUCCUGUUUUACGUUUUAUUUUUUAAUUGUAAAUGUCAUAAAACUAAAUGAGUGCAAAUUUGCAUGGCCGGUGACCUGAAUAAGGGCUGCCCCCUCCUCUCCCAUCACAGCCACUCUUAAUUAGAAUUGGGGGGGUCCCUAAUUAGAGCUUUAUAUGCAGUAAUGUCUCCCCCCAGUUCAGCACCUUUUCCAUGCUGCCCUUUAAUAGUCUGUGGGUAUCUUGUGGCAGCUUUCAGUAUUUGAUGCAGUGUGAGGUCCUCCCUGAUAUAGGUGCCCACCGGAUGCAGCCCCCACCCUUCCCCUCAUCAACACUGGUACUUUAAUACAUUUAAUGCCAUUUGUGUUUUUGUCCUAAGGGACUACAGCCUCUGAGAUUGCAACAUAUGACACUUUUUUUUGUUUUUUUGUCACUAGAGGUAUGAAACGUCUGAUCCCGAAAAGCAUUCCAUCAUAUUUAAGUUUGGGCGUGUUGGCCAAAUAAAAUAAAAAAAACAUUUUAAUAAAAA